AUGGCUCUUAAGGGAGACUUCGCUGAACUCAUCACUCAAUACACCACUAAUGAAGUCACUGACAACGACUCGGACAGCAAUCACUCGUCGGAAGUGGCGGUCAGACAUCGGGCGUCGACCACUGAAAUACCGGCAAAUAAUCAGGAAACUAAUGAUAAGUCUAAACUCGUAGAAACGGAAACUAUGGGAACGGGAAGCGUUAAGUUUGAGAUAUAUAAGAAGUACGCGAUGGCAAUGUCCAUGUUUUGGACCAUAAGUAUGUUGAUUGGGUUUUGCGGUCAAAACGGAUUCAACACUGGCUCCAGUUUUUGGUUAACCAAUUGGACGGAAGACCCGGAUGGCACUGCUAAGAGUGGCUACUAUUUGGGAAUAUACGCUGUCAUAGGACUCUUGCAAACUUUAUUUGUAUGGUAUUCGUGGUACUCCAUAGUCGUGGGAUCACUCCGGGCCUCCCGUAAUCUCCACCACAAACUGCUGUCAAACAUAAUCCACGCGCCGAUGCACUUCUUCGACACCACACCCAUGGGUCGAGUCAUCAAUCGGUUCAGUAAAGACAUCGACAUAUUGGACACCAUUAUGCAGAUGACUAUAAGAUUAGAGUCAGUGUCAAGAUCUCCGAUAUACUCGCAUUUCAGCGAAACCCUGAACGGUGUGUCCACUAUUAGGGCCUACGGUGUGAGCAAACGGUUCAUUGAUAUAUCAGACCAGAGGGUAGACACCAAUCAGAUGUGUUUCUAUCCCAACGCCAUCGCAAAUGUUUGGCUAUCAGUGAGACUCGAGUUUUUGGCUAAUAUUGUCAUAUUCUUCGCGGCCUUACUGUCGGUGCUCGAGAAGGGCAGCCUUAACGGUUCCCAAAUAGGACUAUCCAUAUCAUAUGCCCUGAAUAUCACAGAGUCGGAAGCGAAAUGGUAUUCAGAAAACCCACCCAAAGAGGAGUGGCCUCAAGAGGGAAGAGUAGAGUUCGUGGAGUACGGCACCAGAUAUAGGGAGGGAUUAGAUCUGGUGUUGAAAGGGGUUGACGUCAGCGUAAGAAAGGGUGAAAAAGUAGGAAUAGUCGGUCGGACGGGCGCCGGCAAGUCGUCGCUAACUCUGGCGUUAUUCAGACUAAUAGAGUCGGCGUUUGGAAAGAUAGUGAUCGACGACAUCGACAUCAGUAGUAUUGGACUACAGGAAUUGCGGUCAAAGCUAACGAUCAUACCUCAAGACCCGGAAUUGCGGUCAAAGCUAACAAUCAUACCUCAAGACCCGGUGCUCUUCGCGGGAACCAUUCGAUCCAAUUUGGAUCCGUUUGACAAGUAUUCAGACGAAAGGGUGUGGAAAGCCAUACAACAGUCACAUCUCUACGACUUUGUCAACAGUACUGAUGCAGGCAUUCAUUAUAAGGUCUCUGAGGGCGGAGAGAAUCUCAGUGUGGGUCAAAGACAGUUGAUGUGUUUGGCGAGAGCUCUGCUCCGCAACACAAAUAUCCUGAUCUUAGACGAGGCGACGGCUGCCGUAGACCUCGAGACCGAUGCUCUGAUUCAGACGACCAUAAGAACCGAAUUCACUCGAUGUACAAUACUUACGAUCGCUCACAGACUCAACACUAUUAUGGACUCCGACAGAGUACUAGUGCUCGACUACGGACGGGUAGCCGAGUUUGAAUCACCCCAGGCUCUCCUCCAAAACGAGAGGUCUAUCUUCCACUCACUCGCCAAAGACGCCGGACUCGCGUAACACCUGAACAUACAUCACAUACCACUACCAUAUCAACCCAC